AUGCUUGGUGUGGUAGACCAAUGCCCGAAAUGCUCGAAAGCUGCAUAUGCCGCUGAAAGGGUAAUGGGGCCUGGUCGUAAGUACUACCACAAGUCAUGUCUCAUGUGCACGUUGUGCGGAAGUCGUUUAGCACCUGGUGCUCUCCAAGAACACGAUGAACAGCCGUACUGCCGGAAUUGCUAUCUAAAGCUCUUUUCUACCCUCGACCUCAGACACCAAAAUCUCCAUAGUCGUGAUUGUGCUUCCCCGAGCUCAUCCCCUAAUCGCUCAACGCCAAGUGCGGUGACGCCCCAAUACACCAGUUCGACACCGAACGUUGCCCAAGUUGUUCCUCUUGGCCAGACAAAUACUGUUGGUGCUCGUUUUAACGUAUCCUCGCAGACACAGUGUCCACUCUGUGGUAGUGCGGUGUACCAUGCUGAGCAGGUGGUGGCUCUGGGGAAGAAAUGGCACCGCGCUUGCCUGCAAUGUUCUUCGUGCCAGAGGCGACUCGAAUCUCACAACAUUUGUGACAACGAUGGUGAUGCUUACUGCAGGAUGUGUUACUCUCAGAAGCACGGACCUACUGGCUGUGGGUAUGCCCUUGUUGGAAAGCCAGGGGGUUGA